AUGACUAAAUUAGAAAAUUGUAAGGACAGUGCGCCGGAUCAGUUCUAUGGAUGCUGCUUAGCCAAACUUAGGGAAGGAAACGAAUCACCGGAUCUUUUUGCAAGGUCAUGGAGCGGAAAGAUGUCACCGCUAGUAUGGCGUGUACCGAUAUUUGUAUGGGCAGUCAGUAUUAUUACGUGGUCCGUCGUCUGCUUCUGGGGACCUCGGGAAAUGUUCCUACUAUAUAUGACACAUUGGGGCCUUGUUAUGAUAUUUUUGGAAUCACUCUUCGGUAUAUUAGUGUGCAUUAAGAAACAUCGUGGACAUUUUAAAGAUCGGUCGCAAGGUCUACCUUGGUAUGUGAGGGCAUACUGGGUUUUGUACAACAUCACUGUACCGCUGGCCUUUCUUAUAUCUCUCUUCUAUUGGGCUGUUCUAAGAGGAACGGUUGCCAACAUAAACUACGCACCUGACCCGAUCUUAGACGUAAUGUUACAUGGAGUAAAUUCUGUUUUGAUGCUGAUUGAACUGGUGAUGUCUCGUCAGCCGAGUCGUCUUCUCCAUGUGAUGCAGCCUCUAUACUUUUCUGGUGUUUAUCUACUCUUUACGCUAGCACAUUUUUUUGCCGAAGGACACGAUCCAUGGGGCAAUGCUUUCAUAUACCCGGUGAUAGACUGGUCGAAGCCGAUAGAAACGCUCAUAGUGUUGACUUUGACAGCAUUAUUCUUCGCAUUAAUGCAUAUAUUAACCGUAGGAAUUUCAACGGUUCGUGACUAUACUUUACAGAGGCUAUCCCGGAACAAAAGUGGUGUAUACAAUGAUGGAUUUGAGCCUUGA